AUGGGGUCCCAGGUGCUCCAGAACUUUCACAUGGACUGUGAAGUUGCCAUCAAUGACCUAGUGAAUAUGGAGCUAUGUGCGAACUAUGUCUACCUUUCAGGAGCCUACUUCUUUGACAGGGAUGAUGUGGCUUUAUACCACUUCAAAACAUUCUCAAAAAAUCAAUCUGAUGAGAAGCUGAAACAUGCUCAAAAAUUCCUGAAAUACUUAAAUAAGAGAGGAGGCCAUAUUGUCCUACAGGACAUAAAGGGGAGAAAACCAGAGCGUGAUGACUGGAGAAAUAGCCUAGAAGUCCUAGAAAUAGUCAUGCAGAUGGAAAAGAAAAUAAAUCAGGCCCUACUAAACCUGCACAAUCCGGCAAUGGAAAAAAGUGACCCACAUCUUUGUGACUUCCUGGAGCGGGAGUAUCUAGAUGAGCAGGUGUCAAUUAUCAAGUGUCUUGGAGACUAUAUCACCAACCUGAGGAAGCUGUGA